GAAAGGUCAAGUCAGUUCCACACGUGUUGUUGGAGAGGGAAGACGUGUGGAAGAAAUCUUCCGUGUGUCGUGUUUUUAUAUUCACUUUUAAUUUUAAUUUCUGCACUCGGAUUUAGAUCAUGGGAGGAACGAGCAAGGUCAAAGGAAGAAGAAGGUCGAAGAGGGGGAGUACGCGAGGCGAAAGAAAAGGGCUCAAAGAAUUGACCAAGGAACCCAAGAGGUCUGGUCCUGGCAAGGAAGGCCGAAGGAGAAGCAGCGAUAAGGGGCGGGAGACAGGAGAUGCACACACCAAGUACUCAGUCCAACAGCUCUUGGGCCAAGCAACAGACUGCAUGGACACCUUCAACUAUGAACUGGCCCAGAAGUUCCUCCAGAGGGCGCUAGAGAUGGAACCGGACAACCUUCGGGUGCUGGAGGUCACCGGGAAUCUGCUGGUGGAGGUCGGAGAACUGGAGAAGGCUAAACAAUGUAUGGGUCGAGCUAUCACCCUCUCUCCCGAAGCUGGUCACUCCAAGUACCUGUACAUGGGACAGUUGUUUGAAGGCGAGGAGGCUGUGCAAUACUUAGUCAAGGGAAUCGAGCUGAUGAAGAAAGAGAAGGAGAAACAAGAUAAACAGCCCGAAGCAGCCUGCGCUGACAACAAUUCUUCAACUGAUCGAGUGACUGACGGGGAUAUUGCAAGGGCCUAUUGCUCCAUGGCUGAAAUUUACCUCACGGACUCAUGUUUUGCCGAAGAUGCCGAACAGAAGUGCAAAGAGUACAUAGACAAAGCCAUUGAUGCAGACAGCGACAGUGCUGAGGCUUACCAGAUCCUGGCCAGCUACUGGCUGAGUAAGGAAGACAAAGAGCAAGCCAAGAAAUCCAUUGAGAAGAGCCUGUCGCUAUGGUUACCCAAGAUGAAGGCCCUAGAAGAGGAGGAAGUCAACAUGGACGGUCCGACCCUUGACCCCAUCAACCCCUGCCCACUGAACUACCAGAAUCGCAUUGGAACAGCUAAAAUCCUGAUGGAGCUGGAAAUGAAUGAACAAGCGGAGGAGAUCUUGGAAGGAUUGCUUCAGGAGGAUGACCAGGUGGUGCAGGUCUGGUACAUGCUGGGCCUGAUGAAUGUGGAGAAGACCGGGGAGGAGCAUAAAGCACCCGCAAGAUUCUUCCUGAAUAUGGCCAAGAAGUUGUAUCAGAAGAUCAAGUGCGAUGACGAGCAGGUCCUGAUGCACACGGAGGAACUCCUCACCGUCUUGGGCCCUGGGGAGGGGCUGGACGAAUCCUGGCCCCGGAAUCAGGGCGAGUCAUCCGGCAGCGAUGACACGGAGGAGGAUGUACUGAGCUCAGAGGACGAGCAGGAGGGGGGCAAGACGACGGACGGGGAGAGGAAAGGGGCGAGGGAAGGGGAGGAACAAAUGGAGCACUGAGAGAAGAGGGUUGUCCAUGGGAAGUUUCAAACCUUGGCGUUUUAUCUCAGAUUUCACUUUAAAAGAUUAUAGAGCCCCUAGAAAACUUCUAAGGAAGAAAAUGUUGGGUUCCCAAUUGGAACAGAAAGCCCCUUUACAGAUUCCUAAAGUGACAUCACAGCAAAAGCGCCCUCUGUUGUCAGGUAAAGCAUGAAAUUAUUUACUUGUUUAAAAAAAGCACUUUGCAGAAAUUAACCAAAAAGGGGUGACUCUUGGUUUUCAUUCAUUUCAGAGGAAUGCUGUAAACAUCUUGUCAUGUCCCGUUAAUUUUUUGUUUUGUAUUCAGACCACAUUCUCUGACUGCAAUCAGACAGAUAAAUGGCAUCAUGUUUAACAUUAGAAACAUUGCAGACAUUCUGUUGUGGAAGAUAAUUCAAAGACAAGUCCAGGAAUACUUGUCGCCUCUGAUUUGAUGGAAUCAAGUUUAUUACAAUUCUGUAUAGAAACUAAGAUUGAUUCAGCUAGUCAUAUCUAAUCUGAUACAUGUGUAAUGUAUGGCCAGUACAUGGAUGUCAUAUUGUCCCUUUAUAACUUGUACAAUGGAAUGUUGCAUCAGGAGAUGCAAUUUGUUUAUCAUACGUUCACUGAUUGUGCAACCCUCUACUAUGUCAAGCUGAUACUGGCAAGUGCGAUAGUCAUUGCAGGAGGUCAUUGGUUCACGUUCCACCCUAGUAAUCUUGACAAUUUCUUUUUAGCUCUGAGACUGCACUGAGUAUGCUGUGCUUAUAAAAUGAUAACCAAUGGCAAAGCAUCAUCAACGAAGGCCUGCCAAUCAAAGAAGCCGGAGGCCGCGAAAUUUGGCCUAAACUAAAAUAGUCCCUUUUCCCAUUAUCCGAACCCAGUUGAGAUUAAACUCACUUAAAACCAUGCAGCAGUCAUUCAUGAAGCAAAGGAUCGACUUGAAACAAACCAUACUGACUAAAAUAUGAACAAAAUUGAUGAUUGCAAUGUCUUUUCAGAUAGAACCGUUGCAUUGCAGCCGUGUUAUGGCUAAAUAUACAGCGCGCAUCUGAAACUAGUCUGGUAACUUCAUACACCCCACUGCAUGGAGACAUACACCGCACUGAAUGGAGACACGAUGUGAUUACCAGACUAGUUUGAAAUCUGUAUUGUGAUUUCAAAUUUCGCCACAACACAGAUAGCUGCAAGCAAUGAGCAUUGGAGCUGGGGUUUCCCAAGCUAUACAUGUAAGUGCAAAUACAUGCAUAUUUUUAAGCCUUACCAUCUAAGAUAAGGAACAAUUCUAGAUGGACAAUUGCUUUCUUUGUAGGUAAAAUCCUUCUUUGUCUUAAUUAAUUUGUCAUUAUAUAGUAGGAAAUCAAUAUUUAUAAGUGUAUAGAUACCUAUCAAUGUAUUAUAUCAAUUUAUUGUACUGUACAAAAGCUGUAAACAUGUAUGAAUUUGACUGAACAAGGAGUGAUGUAAUACAUGUUGAUCAGGCGAGCUGUGAUUUGUAAGAUGGUACUUUAUGUUAACAAAAAUGACUUAAUUGAUAACUUAAUCAUUAAAAAUGGCCAAAAUAAACAUAAAAAAUUGUACUUUA